CUUUGGUCAAGCAAACUUGAGACAUGAUGUAUCCAUUUUGUUUUAUAAUUUUUGAUUUUGUUCUAAAAUUGGCGUAACUUGUAGUUUCUGUGAUUGUUUUUCGUUUUGUUUGUGUGUUCAUCUGUUUUCCCGAGAAAUUUAAUUUCUGAUGUGGUUAACUUAAGAUGGAGAUAAUAUUUUCUCCAAAAUUUAGAUUCUAUAUGGUGCCACGAGCCAGAAUAGUAUCGUCAAUAUGACAGUAGUCAAAACGUCAGACCAUGUGACAGAUUACACUUGAAAUCUAUCUGAGAAUAUUGAAUUAUUAAAAGCUGCAAGGACGCUAUGGUCACAGUUCGGAAAUGCGUAAAUGGUCCCUCAUCUGGCUGGAUAUAGAAUCUAAAGAACUUUUCUUCCAUCCUAUCUCCAAAAAAUCCAAAGAGGAACACUGGGCAACGGCAAUAGAAUGUGAAUGCGAAUUUACAGUAUGCCUGUACACAAGAUGCAGAGAUUGUACCAGCUUUGCCUUGAGAACAUUGUACAGAAUGCAGAUUUCUGGCUACAGGUCAACAACAUUCAAGAGAAGCCAGGAAUAUUAGGCAGUCCAUUUGAUUGUCUGCCUGCAAGCCUAGAACAAGAUCUUCUGGAUAUGUAUGAGCAGAUUCAUGGUUUGCCAGGCAGAAACAACUUCUGGUUGGAACAACAGGAGAAAUGGAGACUAUUCAUCACUCGUAGGAUAACGCGCCUCACUAUCACGGAAUACACUGAGAAGAUUAGUCUAGUGCAUGUUGCUGCUACUUGCAGAAAUCUGAAGCACUUGGAAGUGAGGGAUGUAGAAGAGGCUUUACCAUACUUGAAGGCUGUGGCACCAUGCCUGACCACAAUUGUUUCUCUCAGCAUAGAUACCAUGGCACAUGUCACCAGUGGAUCACUGAAGUAUAUCCGUAACCACUGCCCAAACCUAAGGGUGUUGGGACUGAAAUCUUGUUUCUUGAAUGACAAAGCUAUGAAUCAUUUGAAACACAUAUCAACACUGGCAGAAUUAGAUCUGCGUGAUACAGAAGUUACUGCUGUGGGGGUCAGCCAGGUACUAAAGUCAAAUCCUCAGCUUCGCAGUUUGCACCAUCCUGAAGUGGUGCGUGCUCUCUACAAACUACACUCCACUAGAACCUGGUUGGUUAGAGUUGAGGCUAGUCUCUUGAAUCCAUCCACGGCAGCCUGCUAUCAUUUGCGAGAGAUUGACCUUGAACUGUCUCGUAAAGACAACCCCAGCAUGCUUGCUGUGGUUGUAUCUGUUUGUCCUGAGAUUGAGAGGGUUCGCAUCGAGUUCGAUGCUCGGGCUUCGCCGUAUGCCCUUGUCCCUCUUGCUGCUCUGAAAUGUUUAACAGAACUGGAUGUUCAGUGUGUUGCAGACACGAACAGGAAACCAUGGGAUGAUCACCCUACUGCAAAUGUUGCUAUGUUGGAAUGUAUAUCGCUGUUUGAAGGAAGCAUAUUGCCUAUUUUACAGUCAUGUGGAAGUCAUCUGCUUACACUGUCACUUGAAGGCAUAUCAGGAGUUGAUAUGAAGACUGUGGAACUGCACUGUCCGCAUCUUGUGAGCCUUGGUCUUUACUAUAACACAUAUGCCCAAAAUUCAUUCAGAAUUCCUGACAACAAGACCUCUAUCAAACCAUUUCCUUCACUGCGACGAUUGCUUUUUGGGUCCAAUUCUGGCAACAAUGAUUUCUCAGCAUCCUAUCUUGAGUGGCUGCUUUCAAAUGAAAAUUUAGAAGAGCUAUCCUUAUCGGGCUCACCACUCUUUACAGAUGAGCUUUUUGCCUCUGCAUUUACCAACUCAGCCGCGUUUCCUCGGUUACGACGUCUUGAGCUGGAUUACUGCAAUGUGACGGCAGAAGUUAUUACAGGAUUCUUAUAUCACUGUGGCCGAAAGUCUCUGCGAGAACUGAGUAUCUGUGGACCAUUUGUCCAUGAACAGGCAUCACCUGCACUCUGCUAUAUUAUCUGUGAGAAGUUGGAUGUGCAGUUGGAGGCCUACUUCUACUCGUUCAUUAAAAUGAAGAAGCGUGUGGUGCGCUAUAAGCAGGAUCUCAAUUUCAUCAGCUCAAAAUCUGAUAUUGUAUCUCCAAGAUAUCUACAAGAGAAUUGUCACCUUGCAGAUCAACACCAGUAAUGGACAUUGCUCCCAGAGAUCAACAUGUCCCUCUCAGGCUGAAACGUUCUAGUCACGAUCUGCAUCACGGUUGGUUUCAAAAAUCAACUUCUCACUCCAUAAUCUGUGAUGUAUUUAAUAUGUACAUAUCAUUUUAUCCAACCAAAGAUUAAGGAAGCCAGUGCUACAUUUCCAUAUAAGAUUCAAGCAUUUUGAGCACAUAUUCAGCUGUUGGUUUUAUCAGACUGAAAUAUUACAGUUAAGAACUACUGAAUUAAACUGCGCGUGUUCUGAUUCAAAGAUUUUCAACUGUACAAACAACUUAAACAUAAAUAUUUUUAAGUGCAGAGUCACCGCCUUACGUGAGGGGUGCAGUUUUGCAAUAAGUAAGUUGUGGUGCAUAAAUAGUAGUUUGGUGUGUUAUUUGUAAAAUAAAAAUUUUAAUUAUUUAUUCAGAGAUUUGCAGCAUCACUUCUGCCUUUUAAGUACAUGAAUGUAUUGCUUUCUGGUAAGUGAACACGUACAUAGUUUAUUUUGAAAUACAGAACAAAGAGGCUUAGCUUAUUUUCAGUUUUUAUGUCCAUCGCGU